GUCUCUCUUUCCAGCCUUGAUAGAACCGGGAACAGAGGACAAUCAUUCAAAGCUGUGACGUCGCCUGGGUGACAAUUUGCCUACUUGGAGUGGGGAUGAGUUUGGAGCGGUUUCUGUGAAAUGCCUUACCAUGAUGUUGCCUGAAUGAUAACGCAAUCGGCUGAGUGAGGACGUAACAGGCCGCUAAGACUUAUAGACACACUGAAGGGAAAGCAGGUGGGAUAGAACACACCUCAUGCGUGGGCUCAGAGAGGGUCCGAGGCUGUACGGAUCAUCUGACUAACAUGGGUGUUCUCCAGCUCCACAACCCCACCCUCCCUGCCAUGCUCCUACACAGGGCCAAUCAUAUGCGUCUGUCGGGAACGCUGUGUGACGUAAUCAUCACGGUGGAUGGCCAGGAGUUCCCGGCCCACCGCACCGUCCUGGCCUGCACCAGCAAGAUGUUUGAGAUCUUGUUCCACCGCAGCAGCCUGCGCUACGCCCUCGACUUCCUCUCCCCCAAGACCUUCCAGCAGAUCCUGGAGUACGCCUACACGGCCUCCCUGCAGGCCACGGCCGAGGACCUGGAUGACCUGCUGUACGCCGCUGAGAUCCUGGAGAUCGAGUACCUGGAGGAGCAGUGCCUCAAGGUCCUGGAGACCAUCCAAUCAGAGGAGAAGCAGGACCACCUGAGACUGAGUGGGAGGAACCACGGGUCUGGAGAGAGCGAACAUGGCAGGGCAAGGCACUGGAGGAACAUGCUAAUCUCCAAGAAGCAUUCCAUGCAGGAGGGUGGUAUCAACCCCACCGCCCUGCACCACCUGGCACUGUACCACAUGACUGACAGGAGUCCCUCUAUACCAGGGGGACUACCUAUGGGGCUCCCUGUAGCUAGUCCCACACAAGAUGGAGGGGUUAGUCUGGAGGGCCUGGGUCAGUCUCCACUACAGUACAGCCUCAAUGGAGCACAGCACCCCUCCCUGCCUCUGAGUAAGAGGAUAAAGACAGAGGACAAUAACAUGCAGGUGGAUGAAGUCAAUAGCUACGAGGGCCGUUCCUCCAGCAGAGGGGAGGGAGGCUUUGAAUCGGACCAGCCCAGAGAUGAGGGCCCGGGGACCCCCCAAAGAGGCAGUGUCAUCACCUCGGCUAGAGAGCAGCACUCGGGCCAAGAGGAGGGGGGCAUAGUGGGGAACAACUCUCCUCUGGACAGUUUCCCUGGGCUGGCUGAGAAACACCUGGCCUCCCUCUACUCCUCCAUGCCCUCCAAUCACAUAGGGGAGGUGGGGUUGCCUAUGCCCAUGUCGGUCGCCCCUUCCCUGGCCAUGUCCCUGGACCUGAGGGCCUACGGGGGACUGCUGCCCCAAGGCCUGCUCCACAGGGAGAUCCUCAGCAGGCUGGGCCAGUUUGCAGCAGGGAUGAGGCGGGAGGGCCAGAGUCAGAGUCAGAGCUGUGGGGACUGUGGUCUCCAGCUGCAUAACAGAGAGGCCAUGGAGCAACACAGGAAGCUGCACAGUGGAGGCGAGAAGGGACACGGCUGUGAGUUCUGUGGCAAACGCUUCAUAGACAGUGUACGGCUUAGGAUGCACAUGCUCUCUCACUCAGCUGGAGCUGAGGCCCUGGUGUGUGAUCAGUGUGGAGCUACAUUCUCUGCUGAAGACGCUCUGGAGGCCCACAGACAAACACACACAGGGACAGACAUGGCAGUGUUCUGUCUGCUGUGUGCCAAGCGAUUCCAGACCCAGAAGGCUCUGCAGCAGCACAUGGAGGUCCAUGCAGGGAUGCACAGCUACGUCUGCAGCCACUGUGACCACACCUUCCCCAGCCACACCACCCUCAAACGCCACCUGCGCUCACACACAGGUGACCACCCGUUUGAGUGUGAGUUCUGUGGGAGCUGUUUCCGGGACGAUGGCAUGUUGAGGGGACACAAACGUAUCCACACGGGAGAGAAGCCUUACGAGUGUAACGGCUGUGGCAAAAGGUUCAGCCUCAAGCACCAGCUGGAGACCCACUACCGCGUACACACAGGUGAGAAGCCAUUUGAGUGCAAGAUCUGUCACCAGCGAUCCAGGGACUACUCUGCCAUGAUCAAGCACCUGCGCACCCACAACGGAGCGUCGCCCUACCAGUGUACCAUCUGCCAGGACUUCUGCCCCAGCCUGGCAGCCAUGCAGAAACACAUGAAGAGCCACAGACCCGAGGAUGUGCCCCUGGACUGGAGGAUAGAGAAGACCUACCUGUACGUAUGCUACGUCUGAGUAGGACUUAGACACUAAGACACACUAUCCUCUGUGUGGGCAGGUUUUUCAUCAUAUUAUUUCCUCUAAAGAAAAGUAAGUUGAUAAUUUCUGUGGUUUGAUUGCUUUUAUCACGAAUUGCCACAAUGAUCUGUCAUUACAUUAAAGGCUGAAAGACUACUGGUCAGGUUACCACAGCAGUGAAAGUGUUAUCUGUUAUUACAUUAAACCUGCGUGUGUGUUGAAGACUGAAAGACUACUGGUCAGGUUACCACAGCAGUGAAAGUGUUAUCUGUUAUUACAUUAAACCUGCGUGUGUGUUGAAGACUGAAAGACUACUGGUCAGGUUACCACAGCAGUGAAAGUGUUAUCUGUUAUUACAUUAAACCUGCGUGUGUGUUGAAGACUGAAAGACUACUGGUCAGGUUACCACAGCAGUGAAAGUGUUAUCUGUUAUUACAUUAAACCUCCACAUGUGUUGGAGGCUGAAAGACUACUGGUCAGGUUACCACAGCAGUGAAAGUGUUGCACUAGAAGGGAUAUUGAGUUCUAUCUGCUGUGACUCUGAUUGUGAGACGUAGAACCUCUCUGGUCGAAUUGCAGUACUAUUGCCACCCUUACUACGUAGAUUGGUUGAGACAAACAAACAUUUCCUGGGUUAUUAUUUCCUGUCACAUUUCCUGUUAUUGAUUUUUUGGGGUGUUUGUUUUUUGCAUGUUUUACUUGAAUGGUCUCCAUAAGCUUGAUUUAAUUUGUGUCUUAUUUUUCCAGUGCGCAUAUUAAGCAUAUAAUUUCCCCUACCUGUCAGUUAGUCUAUCUGCUCAUGCUGAUUGACAAGCAUUAAGGUGUAACAGGUUUUGCUAUUUAUGUCAUGCAUCGAUUUUGUUACCAAAUAGGUGUUGGUUAUUUUUACCCAACCUCAAGGCCGUUUAUUUUGAUAUUAGAAUAAGCGCUACCUCUUCGAUCUUCAACUUUUGCACAGAGGCAAUAGCACAUCUUAGAACUGGUGUUUUUCAUCGUGUUUUCAUCCAUCAUCUGUAGCUUUAUCUUCAAAUGUCCUUUUAUAUUGGUGAAGCGGCUUGAAAUGUUCUGAGAAUUAAUCAAUGGAAUUGAUUUGGACGGUUGCCUGUUGGGUAGAAAAAAAGAUUUGAAAGCCUUCAAAGUGACUUUUGUGUGAAUAAUUUUUUUAUCAGUAGAAUUAAAGCAGUCUGUUAAACCACAGAAUUAAAACAUUUUCUAAGUGAUGAAAAGAAAGAACAUGUGAGUAAAAGUGUUGUCUUUUUACUAAACGUGAAAGGUUGAAUCACUAAAAGCAGGUUAUCGUCAGUUGUGAUGUUUGUUGCUGUAAAUGUGAUUGUAUCUUAUUCCUAGACGAGAGCCAAAAGAGGGCUUCUCUGAUUUUAAAAUGUUGUAUUUUUGUAUUACAGUGAUCUGCAAUUUGUUUACAUUUGAUUUGAUUUCAGAAACUUCUUUUCUUGUGUGUUUUGUAAGUCUCUGGAGUCUGAUUUGAGUAAGAGCCCUCCCUGUGCCUCUUUUAUAAAUGGAGAAUAGAUGUGCUGAAUACAUGAAUACACUAUAUGUUUGUUGUGUUGACCGUUGUUGUUCCUGGGUGUUUGUUUAUUAUUGGUGAAGAACUGAUUUUCACUGCCAUGCCAUAGUAGACCCUAUUGUCUAAACAUUGUCAUUUGAAACAAGAUACUUGUUCUAAUGACUAUGGUAUUAUGCCCCAGGCACCUCAAGCCUCAAAGCAAAGUUUACGAGUGAGAUUUUCUUUCAAAAUGUUCUGUCUUGUCGAAUGGGGAUAAAAUGCACAGAAGACACAGAAUACAUAGUGGUAUUGUUAAUAACCUUUAUAAAGCUAUGUUCAGAAUAUAUGGGUCUAUGUAACACUAUGGCCUUCUAGAACAAAAAGCCAACACUCAAUGCCAUGAAAACAAUUAAAAGCACCGACUCAUCCUCACUGUACUACUGUUCUAUUCUACAAACACAUGCACUAUAAGGAUCUUAGGAUUUCCGUGGUGGACCAAAACUAACAAAGCUCUUUCAAAAAAGUGUUUUCUUUGAUCGUUCUAUGUUGUAACAAAGCAGAAGUAGUUUUAUUUGGUAUGUGUACUAGCAGGAUGUGAUGAUCAUCAUCUAGGUAGAUAUUAUGUAAAUGUUUGUCUACCUCAGCACCAGUUCAGUCAGUGCUUGUCCUGGUGUCCAAUCAGGGUUGUUCUUCUUGCCAUGUGUGUUAAAUCCCUUUGCAUUACAGCUUUGUAACACUGUGUGUGCAAGUGUUUUCUCAGUGUGGAUUCAGGCACAGCUCUUUUUACGCAUCAGUGUUCUGUGGCAUGAUGAAAAAAGAAUAAAACAGAAACUAUUUUACAGAU